AUGGCGUCAGCUUUUCGGUCAACGGUUACCCAGCGACAGGUCCAUAUCACGAUGGUACCUGCUCCACGAAACCUUGCACAGAGUCGAACCGUGCUCAAGGCCCUCCAGAAGUUUGGGGAAGUUGCUACGUUCUGGAAUUUGAAGUAUGACUACAGACCCAAGGCUUUAAACAGUGGUCGCAGUGCGUUAGCCAUAUUCGAAACAGCCCAAGCAGCGUCCAACGCUAUCAAUGCCUCUCCUAUUGCUGUUCCCAUCCCGGAAUCGUCAAUAUCACCUGAUGAACCAUUCCCAACCAACUCUGCACCCGAGUCCGAAGAGGCCGAACCUACCUCCUCAGCUCCGAGAAUAACAUGCACCAUUAAUCCCUCCGAACAUGACCACAACGUAAGCAUCCGCCAGAAUCCUUAUCAUCGGCAAUUUCAUCUUUCGAAAACCUGGUAUGAACUCCAGGAUUUGUCUCGAUCCUCGGGCCCGCGUUCAGUACCGCUCGUACAGUACGCGGAUUGCUUUACGAGGAGGAAAGGUCGAGUGCCGAUGAGGAUUCAGGGUAUGUGGCUGCGCGAAUCGGAGGAGAAUGGAGCUAUGUCACUGAUGAAGCUAUGGAAGAGAGGCAUGGAAAAGGAAAGAGAGGGGGAGCGAAAAAGAGUAGAUGCGGAUGCUAAUCCAAAGGCAGGGUUUGCGGGAGAAGGAGAAGCGCCCAUUGCGUAG